AGCAGAGCAUUCAGGAAGGUAUGCAGAGGCAGCUACAGCAGCUCACACAAACAACAGAGUUUGAGACUAAACCACAUCUUUUGAAUUCAUAGCCUGCAUUCAGAGGCUCUUAGGAUGGGACAAAAGCUGUCAGUUUUUCUGAUUUUGGCUGCGCUUUUUCUCCAGGAUGCCUUCCUUCAACAACCAGCGGCUGGAGAAGCAAGAAAGCCGUUUUUUGAACGAUUUCGGCGACUGGAAGAGCAGUUUCGCCGGUUCCAGGAGGUCACCCUCCUCCGUCUCCAAGAGAUUGCCGGGAACUAUAAUGUCUCUUACAACAUCGAUGCCCGGUUCGAGCAGCUCUGGGUCCGGCAGGAGGCCAUGGGGGCUGCGGCCAAUGCCACCCAGGCCAACAUGGAGGCCGAGCUCAACCAACUGAAAUCCUGGGCCAAGAGGUUUCAGCGUAAAGCCAAGAAGCAGGAGGCAGAAAGGAGGGACCAGGAGAAGAAAGCCCAGAAGGAACACGAGGCCUCCCUCCUGGCCAAUCUGACCCAAGCAGUGGCCCUUUGCAACGAGGAGGGCCAGGCCAAGCUGGAAAGCUUCCAGAAAUUAAUCGAAGGGCUCCAGGAUGCCCUGAAAGCCCAAGGGAGCAAGAUAGAUGGACUAGAGCAACAGCUGAAGGAGAGUGCUGACCACAACGAGGUGAUCUUGCCCGGUCACUUGGCCGCAGCCCACCUUCUGAGUCAGGAGCCACAGGCGGCUGGUGGCCAGAGACCCACUUUGAGGAAGCUGCAGGCCAAGCACCGGCAAAGGGAGAAGCUGCAGCAGGAAAGCARCCGGCUGGUGGCGGCCCAGAUGCAAAGCAAAGGGAUGGAGAGUGGGGGCCRUCUUGGCCUGGAGGGGGCCCCAAAGGACAUGCCCCCAGACCCAGAGGAGCUCCCUCYGCCAGGACCACAGCCAGCCGCCCAGAACAAGGGGCAGAAGYCACCAGGAGCRARGCGGAGGCCAGGCACAAUCUGCAAUGUGGGCUCCAUGCUGGUCUUCCCCAACAAUUCCACUGAGAGCUUUGCCUCCUUUGGUCCAUCCUUCCUCCCAGCUGCUCUGCUUGAGUUGAGCCUCUGCGGCUGGGUCCGCACAGGAGCUGGCUACUUGGGCACGAUCCUAUCUUACGCCACGGAGGAGAACGACAACAAGCUGGUGCUCCACGGACGGGACGCAGCCCCACGCAGCACCGUCCACUUUGUCAUCGGGGACCCCGCUUUCCGGGAGCUUCCUGUGGGGCGCCUCCUGGACGGGGCCUGGCACCACUUCUGCGUCAUCUGGUCCUCCCUCCAGGGCCGCUACUGGUUCUACGUGGACCGGAGGGUGGUCUCGGUGGGCUCCCACUUCCGCAAGGGCUAUGAGAUCCCCUCAGGAGGGUCACUGGUCCUGGGCCAGGAGCAGGACAGCCUUGGAGGUGGGUUCGAAGCCUCCGAAUCAUUUGUGGGGUCCUUGGCAGGAGUGGCACUGUGGGACCGGGCUCUAACACCUGGGGAGGUCUCCGGAAUGGCAGUCGGGAACGGAGUUCCUCGAGGACCCCUCCUCACUUUGGCCAAUGUCUCUGAACUCCAUGGAUCAGUGGAGAAGGUGGACUGCGCCUGCCUCGAACAUUGCCUUUGAAAGAAAAAGGGACACAUGCCAUGGGCCAAAAUCCUCUAGGAUGCAGCUUAUGGUGGUAUUUUUUUCUCCUUAUAAAUCCCGCAGAAACAAUCCUGUUCUCAUUUCCAUAUAUAUAUAUCUGUGUGUAUAUUUUUAGUUGGUUCAGACUAUAGAAAGGGUUGCAAAGAGAUUCAGACUAUAAAGGGUUGCAAACAGAAAGUGGCAAGAAUCUAACUGCAUUGCUAAGCCUUUUAUUUCUGAGUCUAGAAAAAUGUUUUGGAUUCUAAUUUUCCAUAUAUAUAUACAUAGACAGACAAGCACUCUCGACCAUAGAGUUGUGUGUGUGUGUAUAUACACACACACACACAAUUAUAUGUAUGUGUGCAUAUUAAAUUGAAAGGGUCAGGCCAUAGGUGCCUCUACAUUAUACAGAAUUCAUGCUUUUUGACCCCACUCCAACUGCCAUGGCUCAAUACUAUGUAAUUCUGGGCCCUGUAGUUUCAUGCAUUCUUUAGGAGUCAUAGCUAUUGAUUUAAAUUGGUUUUAACUUUGUUUUUAAAACUGCUAAUAUGAAAAUCUAUUUUAAUGUUUGUAUAUGUUUAGGUUUUAUAUUGUUUUGAUUGGUUUUACUGUAUGCUGCUUUGAGUUUCUUUUUUGAGAGAUAUAAAGAGAAGUACAAAGACGUAGAGGAAGAAGAAGAAGAGACUGGCAUGCGACAUGGACAUCUAUUGGAAAUAAUACUUCUUACAAGUGCCUCUAAAUGCCCUUUGCUGAAAAAGUAACUGCAAAUAAUCAGGGGAGGGGAGGGAGUUCAAUGCAUCA